ACAUUUGGAACACUGAGGACAUAAGCUACUUUGCCAGUGCCGUCGCCGUUUGUGGUUUCGUUUCAAGCUCGGCUCUUAUAUCCACUUUGCUUCAUUUCAAGAUAUGGGUCAAAUUGAUUUUGGGUUUGCUAUUUUGGGGAAAAUGCUGAAGUUAGGUGUUGAACCUACUGUUGUAACUUUUUCCACUUUGAUUAAUGGACUUUGUAAUCAAAGUAAGAUUUCUCAAGCUGUGAGUUUGUUUGAUGAAAUGAUUGGAAGAGGGUAUCAACCUGAUUUAAUUGUCUACAGUACCAUGCUUAAUGGGUUGUGUAAGACCGAGUAUACCGAUCGAGCUGUUAGGUUUCUAAGGAUGAUAGAAGAAAGAGGUUUUGAACCCGAUAUUGUAGCAUAUAAUACUGUUAUUGACUGUCUUUGUAAGAAUAGUUUACUAAAUGAGGCUUUCGAUCUCUUCUCCGAAGUGAAGGUUAAGGGCAUUAGACCAAAUAUCGUUAGUUAUAAUUGCUUAAUUCAUGCUACUUGUAAUUUGGGCCAGCAAAAGGAGACAAGGCAACUUUUGAAUGAAAUGGUGGAUAACAAUAUUUCAUGUGAUAUUGUCACAUAUAAUAUAUUGAUCGAUGCACAUUGUAAGGAGGGGAUGAUUUAUAAAGCUGUAGAUAUCGUUGAUACAAUGGGGAAGCAAGGCAUUGAACCUAAUAUUGUCACGUAUAAUAUAUUUAUUGAUGCAUAUUGCAAAGAGGGAAUGGUUUCUAAAGCUAUAGAAACCAUUGACACAAUGAGAAAGCAAGGUAUUGAGCCUAAUGUUAUCACGUAUAAUAUACUGGUUUAUGCAUAUUUUAACAAGGCAAUGGUUACUGAAGCUGAAGAUAUUGUUGACACAAUGAUAAAGCAAGGCAUUGAGCCUGAUGUUGUUACCUAUAAUGCAAUAAUAAACGGCCAUUGCUUGCAAAACCAAAUUGGUAAAGCUAAAAGAGUAUUUUCGUUGAUGAUUGAGAAAGGUUGUGCACCUGAUAUACUUAGUUACAACAUCAUGAUCAAUGGAUAUUGCAAAUCUAAGAGGUUGGACGAAGCAAUGGAACUUUUUCAUCAAAUAGCUCAAAACGGACCAAUCCCUGAUACAGUGACAUACAACACUCUUAUGCAAGGUAUGUGUCAAUUUGGGAGAGUUAUUGCUGCAUGUGAACUUUUCAAGACAAUGCUUGCUUCUGGGCCAGUUCCAAAUCUAGUGACCUGUUUGAUUUUGCUCGAUGGUUUAUGCACAAGAGGUAAACUCGAAGCGGCAUUGGAACUUUUUCGAGCAAUGCAGAACAGUAGGUUGAAACUUAAUGUUGCAUCUUAUAAUAUCUUAAUUGAUGGCUUGUGCAAGGCUGGGAAUAUUGAAGUUGGAAAGGAAUUAUUUCAUAAACUCUCUGUCAAUGGUUUAAAACCUAAUGUUUACACAUAUGCUAUAAUGAUUAAUGGAUUCUGUAGAGAUGGAAUGCCAGAUGAAGCAUACCAGUUGUUUAGGAGCAUGGAAGAUAAUGAUUGUUUGCCUGAUAGGUUCUGUUACAAUGUAAUGAUCCAAGGAUUUCUUCGAAACGGCUAUACGUUAAAGGCAACACAACUUCUAUCAGAAAUGGUUGGUAAAGGCUUUUCUGCAAAUUUGUGCACUGCCACUUUAAUUUUGGAUCUCAUCUUACGAUCUAAUGAUUCAAUUUUGGUAUGAAGUGUUUCAAAGAUAGUGUAACGAUCGUCACUUGUGAAUGGGAAUCAAUUUGUUCAUAACCAAUUGUACUGCUGUUAUAAGUUAAAACCUUUUGGAAAUUACAAUGAAUGCUAAAGUUAUAUUUUCAGUUUAACUUGAUGUACUUUAAAAGUAUGAAACAAAUGAGUGUUAUAACCCAUGGUUCACUUUUCAAAUACACACACGCACGCACACGGACGCAUGUGUUUAGAAUGAUUUUAUGAAAUCAAAGCAGCCCGCUGAUCCAUUGGAGACCAUAAGUUGAUCUCAAGCUGAUGUAGCAUAAGGAGCUGCAGGGAAAACAGAAUUUGUGAACAGCCAGCUAUGAUGAGUUGUGUGGGAUGAUUCUAAUAUUGAUGAAGCUUUAUGUCCUGCUUUUGUUAAAAUGCUUUUAGAAUCUUUUGAGGGUGUUGUUAUUUGGAUUCUUACAUUUUGAGUUUCAUUUAAAAUGGAUUGACUUCUUUCAUUUGAGAUUCCUUCCAUUUGCUUGAGGUAAGUAUUGAAUCACAUUUUGAUAUUUGAUGA